AUGGACAAGGUCCAAAGUACCACAGGGGCCGCACGCCCUGCUGACGACGUGUCCACGGACUUGGAGACUGCGCUCAGCUCCAUUGCGCUGGGAAAUAAUGCAGCAGACUUGGCCGAGCCAGAAAUCACCCCUAUGCGCACCAAGAGCCCUCCCACCACCCCACAGAAGCCCGUCGCAAUCGAUGGACAUGGUCUCGAGGCUGCUACAGCCGGCGGUGAGAGAGGCCGACCGGAAGUCAAAGGCAGUGUCAUUCUGUCCACCACGGCGGCCAAGAGGAAGAAGAAGAGGAAUAACAAGACAAAAGCUGGUCAAGCAUUGAAUACUGUCCGAGGCUUCGCCGGGCUUGACUCGGGCACGGAAGAUUCUGAUACUUCACAUACCAGCCCAAGAGUCCUGUCACCUAACCCUAUUCUACGUCCAUUGGCCGGGGCUAGCCCAGGGCUGCGACCACAGUCACCAGGAAUCAGCAGUUUAAAAGUACAACUUGAUGCUCUCAAUUCUCGCAGCCAAAGUCGCUCAACUUCGCGAGCGCGAAAUCAUCUGGACUCAGAGGCCACUAGCAGUGCUGCUAGCGCAGCUUCCGACACCCAAGGCGAAGAGGUCCAGGAAGAUAUCGUCAGCUACCAUGUCGCCAUCGAUCAAGACUUCGUCAGUCAGUCGUUGGCCGACACAGAUCCAAGUAUUGCUUCAGUCUCUACCAUAAAUGCAGAUCAGCGUGCGACCUCAAUGAUAGCCCGCAAGAUGACUGCUGCAGACUUCACUCCGAUCCGCUGUCUUGGUGACGGCGCGUUUGGGACCGUACUUCUUGUCCGACAAAAUGCCACUGGUCGUCUGUUCGCUCAGAAGCAACUGACUAAGGCAUUUGUCAAAGUCCACAAGAAGCGCAUCGAGUCCACCAAAUCGGAGCGAACCAUUCUGGAAUUGGUCAACCGUCACCCGUUCAUUGUCAACCUUUACUAUGCCUUCCAAGAUCAUGAGAAAUUGUAUCUUAUUCUCGAAUACGCCUCGGGCGGUGAGCUAUUUCGCCAUUUGGAGUUGGAGAAAUUCUUUUCCGAAGAAGUGGCAGCCUUCUACAUUGCCGAGAUUGUUCUGGCCCUCGACUAUCUCCACAAUACAGUCGGCGUCAUCUAUCGCGACCUCAAGCCGGAAAAUUGUCUGCUUGACGCCGAAGGUCAUUUGCUGUUGACGGACUUCGGCCUCAGCAAGGUGGCGGUCCAGGACCCAGAGACUCCUGGUGGCAGUCGUUGCAACAGUCUUGGGGUUGGGACUAUUGAAUAUAUGGCACCUGAGAUCAUCCGCGGUUCCGAAGAAUCAAAUUGGGGUCCUGGAUAUGGCAAAGCAUGUGACUGGUGGUCAUUGGGGGCUAUGGCGUGCGAUCUCAUGACCGGUAAACCUCCUUUUGGAGGCGGCAACUGGACCAAGAUUCAACAAAACAUUCUGCAUCAAAAAUUGAACCUACCUUAUUUCUUGUCGCCUGAUGCCAAAGAUCUUCUCACGAGGUUCUUGCGCAAAGAGCCCAAGAAGCGUCUGGGUGUUGGCCCCAACGACAUUAGCAUCAUCAAAAAACACCGGUUUUUCAGAAAGAUCGAUUGGAAGAAACUAGAGGCCCGAGAAUUGGAACCACCGAUUAGACCACUGGUCACCGAUCCAGAACUGGCGGAGAACUUCUCGAAGGAAUUCACCGGUCGACCGAUCGAGGCCACCACCCGUCGACACAGCAGGACCUUAAGCAAGUCGGACCCGUUCGGCGGCUUCAGUUAUGUUGCAAGUCACAGUCUCCUCCAGGACUCCAUCUUAUCCGAGCUGGACAGAGCAAUCAUAGAUGAAGAGUUCUAG